GUCGGCGACGUGAACUGAAGGUCGAAACACACUCUCUCAUACACCGCAUAUACCGCCCUUUCCUUCACAAUGGCCCGCAGACGUUUCAUACAACUGGCACUUGUCCUCGCGGUCCUUAUAGCUGCCGUGCACGCCCAGGAUUCCAGGAGGGGGCAACAGCAGGAACUACAGCAGCGGCCAGAGUUCAGACCAAGGGCGCAGUGUCCAGACCAGUCAAGAUUCAACCGCUUCUGCUUCCGGCGCUUCGACCAGUGUACCUCGGACCGCCAAUGUCGCCGGGGAGAGAAGUGUUGCCUGGUGCCCGGCUGUGGCAGGGAGUGCAUGGCGCGCGGCUCUGGCCCGGUGUCCAAGCGUGGUCAGUGUCCAUUCCUCCAGUUCUUCAGGAACCCGCGGUGUAGCCGUCGCGACAGGAUCGACUCGUGCCAGACGGAUCAGCAGUGCCCAGGGACCCAAAAGUGUUGCUUCGUCGUCUGCAACAAGCGGUGUGCAAACCCGGUCUAGAACAGAAGCGAGCCAGACAGCCGUUGACGAUUGAUAUGGACAUUUUAACUUUUUUGUUGCUUUUUUGUUCGUGAAUAAAACAUUCCUCAAGUA